AUGACUGGGAUGUCUGCACUAGUUGCCAAGGGAAACAUGAUGACAAUCAAUCUUGCAGCUGUUGCUAAAAACAACAAUGUUCUGAUGUCAGUCAGUGGGGUGGAGAAGCUCCUGAGUCCCAGUUUCUUUGAGAGUGAAAAUGUCACAGAGAUAUAUUCUGACAUCAUCACUGCCACACUGCCUAAGACGACACACAGGGAGCUCCCUGAGCCUGUCAACUUCACUGUGUUCCACAAGAAGAAGUUCCAGGCUGGCCUGGUUACCUGUGUGUACUGGAAGGAACAGGGGGAGGAGACUCACUGGUCAGUGGAUGGGUGCACAGACUCCUUCUCCAAUGAGAGCCUGACAGUAUGCAGCUGUACUCACCUCUCCACCUUCGCCCUCCUCCUGCAGACGGAGGAACAGGAAGAGGACAGUUCUCUGCUGGAGGCGGUGAACCUGUUCUGUAUGAGUGUGGGUCUGGCCUUCCUCGCCCUCGCCAUCCUCACAUUCCUGCUGUGCACAUGGAACCCUAAAAUCAACAACACCGCCCGCCUCCACCUCAGUAUCUGCCUCUUCUUGGGUCACCUGCUCUUCCUUGUGGGCGUGUCUCGCACUGAGAAUGCGGUGGCGUGUGCAGUUAUAGCAGGCAUGCUGCACUUCCUCUUCCUGUCCAGCUUUGUGUGGAUGCUGCUGGAAACUCUGCAGCUCUUAAUGUUGGUCAGGAGCCUGUCCAAAGUGCAGGUCAUCCAGAAGGAGGGGCUGAGGGCACUGUACCUCCUGCUGAUUGGCUAUGGAGCUCCCCUGGUGGUGGUGGGAGUGUCGGCGGCGGUGUAUUCAGACGGCUAUGGCAGCAAAGACGCUUGCUGGUUACAAAAUGAAAAAAACUUCCGUUGGAGUUUUAUUGGUCCAGUGGCUGCUAUUCUCGCCCUCAACUUGGUCUCAUUUUGUGUGGUCAUCUGGAGCCUGCUGCCUACUUUAGCCAACAUGAAGAGUGACGUCUCCCAGUCAAGAGACACCAGGUUGAUUAUCUUCAAAAUUGUUGCCCAGUUUCUAAUUUUGGGGUGCACCUGGAUCCUGGGAUUUUUCCAGAGAACCUCUGUGUUAAAAUACCUCUUCGUCAUUCUCAACUCACAGCAGGGCACCUUCAUCUUCAUCGUUCACUGUCUGCUCAACAAAGAGGUGCGGGAGGAGUACAGGAGGUGGCUCUCUUGUCUGUGUAGAACCGAAGGGCCUUCAGGAGGCAGACACAAAGAAAAUAAUAUUAAACGCACUGGGAAAUAUCUAAUUGUUGAAGGAUUAUAUGCCAGGAUCUGCUUCUGUAAUGGGAUAGAGAAGCUCCUGAGUCCCAGUUUCUUCGAGAGUGAAAAUGUCACGAUAUAUUCUGACAUCAUCACCGCCACACUGCCUAAGAUGAAACACAAGGAGCUUCACUGUGUUUCACAAGAAGGUGGCGUGUGCAGUCAUCCUGUCUUCCUGUCCAGCUUUGUGUGGAUGCUGCUGGAAACUCUGCAGCUCUUCCUGCUGGUCAGGAGCCUGUCCAAAGUGCAGGCCAUCCAGAAGGAGGGGCUGAGGGCACUGUACCUCCUGCUGAUUGGCUACGGAGCUCCCCUGGUGGUGGUGGGAGUGUCUGCAGCAGUGUAUUCAGAGGGCUAUGGCAGCAAAGACAUGUGA